AUUUAAGAUCCGGUCACACUAUUGUUCUCUUUGUUCGCUCUGAAAAAUUGUGUAUUCGAAUGUAAUAGUACAAUGUACAUUGUUUAAAAUUGAUUAAAUUGUAUCACAAAAGCAAACAAUCCAUUGUGUUACAGUUGUUCAAUACUCAAUGCUUAUCUAUUUUUUGGUCAUAACUUUUUAAAGUUUGUCCCUAGCGGUUAUAAUUGGUGGAUGUAUAUAUGUACAUUCAUAUGUGAAAAUACAGUUGACAAUAUUCCAAAUGUGGCUGCGUUGAGCAUAAAUUAAAAGUUACAACAACAAUACAUGUAUGGACGCCGGCCACUUAUUCUGGUAUUCAUUUUCAUCAAAACAACGAAUGCAGAAAUUUUUUUUUUGAGGAACUGCACUUUUUAUAAGACAGAUUAAGAAAAGCAUAAUACGACCACAUGUGAGAGGUAGCGUCUUUGCAUUUAAAACUAUGGAAAAAAGCCUUUGCCUUUAGAAAAAAUAAUUAUAUUGAUGGUUCAGUUCUGUCAUUGCUCUGUAAAGCCGAUAGUUUGGUGAAGAUAAAAUAUUAAUUAUUAAAAUUAAUCGAAUAUCACUGUUAAAUAACAUAAUAUUUUUGAUUAAGUUUGUAUUCGAUAUUGAAUGUCCAAAUGGUUCCUUAAUUAUACAUAAGUGCCUGUAUAAAAAUUCUGGGCCAGAUUUAAAGACUAAUAAUCAAAAUUAAAUCAAAAGAUUCCACUAAGAGUAAUGUCAACAUCAAAUAAAGAAAAAUGGCAAAGUAUAGAGAUUACCUUUAAGGUAGUUUAUGCAAGGACCUAAAAAUACAUAUGUAUAAUUAGUCUGAAGCAGCCAAAUUAAAUAUACUGAAUUAUAAGAAUCAAUUAUAAAAACAAGCAUAGUCGUGCCACUAUGGUUGGUUCUCAGCAAAAAAAUAAUCAUAUAAAAUUAUCAGAAACACACGGAUUAAGCAAAGAUUGCACAUUCACAGGUGAAAGUAAUUUGAACACAACUUUUCUGGAAAACAGACAAAUCGCAAAAUCACCUUUAUCUCCAAAAUCACUACCUCAGCAAGCAAUUCAGAUGAUUAACCAAAAUUCUACCCAAGCUGGUAUCACUCAAACUAAUUCUCAUAUUUCAACUCAUCACCCGUGUCGGGGCAGUGGAUUGCAGUAUUUCAGCAGUAGUUAUGGAUCAUCAGCAACGGUUCAUGAUCGUAAAGACGAUUUUCCACAGCAGCCCUCAAAUAAGUAUGCCAAUUAUACUGGAGAUGUCAACAAUUUGCCCACUUCCGAUGCGUGUGAAAUUUUGGGACCCAUUCAAGCAAUAUCUUUGCCUAAUGUAACGUCAGUUUCUAAAAAAACGGAUGUUCCCCGGUUACAUUUAGGUAAUAUAUCCGGGAAUUCUAAAUCACAAUCGGUACCCGAAUGUGAAUCCCUCGUUUUGUUGAAAGAAUCUCCAGUAAUGGAAAGCGACACAUUCUCAUUUCAUGAGCAAAUUAUAAUGUCGGGUCAACAAAAAAGUGAGUUGCAGGAGAAACCAAAGGUACUCGUCGUUUCACCACAACAAGUAAUGAUUUUAUACAUGCAUAAGUUGACUCCAUAUGAGCGUACAGAAAUACUCACUUAUCCGCAGAUUUAUUUUAUUGGUGCCAAUGCUAAGAAGCGCCCAGGAGUCUAUGGCCCAAAUAAUUCUGACUAUGAUAAUGAGCAAGGUGCUUAUAUUCAUGUACCUCAUGAUCACGUGGCAUAUCGAUAUGAAAUGCUUAAGAUAAUCGGAAAAGGUAGCUUUGGACAGGUGAUUAAAGCGUACGAUCAUAAGACUCAUGAGCAUGUUGCCUUAAAAAUAGUGCGGAACGAAAAGCGGUUUCACCGUCAGGCACAAGAGGAAAUUCGCAUUCUUCAUCAUUUGCGUCGCCACGAUAAAUACAAUACUAUGAACAUAAUACAUAUGUUCGACUACUUUACAUUUCGAAAUCAUACUUGCAUUACAUUUGAGCUCCUCAGCAUUAAUCUUUACGAAUUAAUUAAGAAAAAUGGAUUCAAGGGUUUCAGUUUGCAGUUGGUACGAAAGUUUGCUCACUCACUGCUUCAAUGUUUGGAUGCUCUUUAUAAAAAUGACAUUAUUCAUUGUGAUAUGAAACCAGAAAAUGUACUAUUAAAACAACAGGGUCGGUCUGGCAUAAAGGUUAUUGACUUCGGGUCGUCUUGCUUUGAGAAUCAGCGAAUAUACACAUAUAUACAGUCGCGCUUUUAUCGCGCUCCUGAGGUAAUUUUGGGGGCGAAAUAUGGAAGAGCCAUCGACAUGUGGUCUUUGGGUUGUAUUUUAGCAGAGUUGCUAUCUGGACACGCAUUGUUCCCUGGCGAAAAUGAAAGCGACCAGUUGGCUUGCAUUAUUGAAGUCCUGGGCAUGCCAAAUAAAAAUAUAUUAGCCAGCUCGAAGAGGUCAAAAUCGUUUUUCAGCCCAAAGGGAUAUCCACGGUAUUGCACUGUUCGAACUAUGACUGAUGGAAUGGUGGUCCUAAUUGGUGGACAAUCACGUCGAGGUAAACCACGUGGGCCACCAUGCUCGAAGAGUCUUUCCAAAGCGCUAGAUGGAUGCAAAGAUCCUCUCUUUCUGAAUUUCAUACGUGGAUGCUUGGAAUGGGAUGCAGAUAAACGAUUAACACCAUCCGAUGCUUUAAAGCAUCCAUGGCUACGACGGCGCUUACCUAGGCCGCCAAGUAGCUCAAGUGGCUGUGGUGGGGUGAGUGGUGUUAGUGGGAACCAAUCACCAGUAAUAGGUCAAAAUAAGAGCUUGGCGACAGAAGUAACGUCGUCAUCAACAUCUGCUACAUCUAUCUCUUUAACAAUACAGCGGGAUAACAGCCAUUCCAGUCUACGUCUUAAACAUGGAGGUGUUAAGGAAAUGGACUUUAAACUUACUAAAUGCCACAAUAUUGCGGACGGAACAUUAAGCGGAACAAAAGCACCUUUGAUGAAUACUGAGCUUUUAGUAGAAAGCUUCAGCAAAACCACAGUUACAUCGCCACGAUUACCGACAACGCAUUCUGCUGACUCCGGCGGAAUAAGUAGUCUUAGCGAAGUGGACGUUGGAGCCUCAAAAUAUUAUCCGUCAUCACUUUCAUAUUUACCGCAUAUGAAUAAUAACGAAAAUAACCGACUAUUCAAAUUCUCCGGCUCGUUAAACAGCUCGGCUAACUCAUUGACGCAGUUGGAACAAGUCACAAACUUCGAUGUUUUGGGAGAGUAUGCGGCCUCAACCACUCCAAAUGUACCAACAACAGACACUAGCUAUGCGUUUGAUUCAGGUUCAACGGCCAUAGAGAUUGCACAAGAAACCUUGGUUAAUCUAACUAGCACGUACGCAAUGGAAAAAUCAAACGACAUUAUUGGGAACUCAAAUUUGUCGCUUCUUUCAAACAAGUUAAAAGUACAGUCAAAUGAUAUAUAGCCAAUUUUUGACAAUAUGCAAUACCCCAUGUAAAAGAUUAGAAGCAGUACUUCAUGUUGUUAUCUGAUUAAUUGACAACGCACUGCCAUACAAGUGAUAAACGAAAUACGUCUUGGCACUGAUUUGCAUUGCUCUAGUACUGGCAUGAAAUCGCACAUGAACAGAAGAGAUCUCACAAAUUAAAAUUAAAAAUUAUGCAUUUUAAUUACAAAAAGCGUAUACCCGUUAAUUGAGUAAAGCUUACUAAAAUGUUAGGAAAUUUUGUUUAAUGUUGCGAACAUUCUUUAUUUCAUAUAAAUAAAAGCCCUGAUACAAGAUA